CAAUUAACUGGGCACCACUGGACAAUAUAACUUACAAGUUAUCACGUAUUUUGUUCAUUUGGGUUUUCAGUUAAUUCCGAUUUUAUCGCAAUAGUUUUUACCGAAUUUGACAAAAUAUGGGGGAGGAUAUUUGGUCCACCGUCUUGGAUGACUAUGCAGUUACCGCUGUUCACAUCGGCAACAACCCUUCAGCGACAAAGUUACUUUCUGUCAUAAAAGAUUUAUCCGAGAACGACCUCCAAAUUAGUCGAAUAGAGUUUGUGAUUGGAUAUCUAGAUACAACAUGGAUUGGCGAGUUUCGCAAAUUCAUCCUUUAUGUCAAGCACACGAAGCAUUUCCAAAACUUGAGAUGUGUAUCCUUCCUACGGACGGUUAAUGGGGGACAGGACGCAAGUACCACAAUCCAUGAUGUAUAUCGAGUAAUGGCAUCCUUACCACGCAGUAUAACAUCAAUGAAGAAUUGUGCAGAACAGGAAGGACAAGAUGCCAAGGAUAACAAAGUUAUCCUAUUCCUUCCGAAGCGAUGUGCAGCAAAAGUAAAACAAUGGAUAGACACCAAAGGUAACAUCGCUUCUUCGGAUUCUGUCGGUGAUAAAUAUUUGCAGGAACUUGUCGAAAAGGACGAAGAAGAAUCAAGGUUAAACUCUGAUACAGCUGAUAGUGACUGUGACAGCGAUGACUGGCAAUCGGAUAUUGAGGACGACGGGAACAUUGAUGCGGAGACAGAAACUUUCCAAAAAGCACUUCAUCAAAUAGCAGCCGGGCUACCCAAACAUAAAGAACCCCUUAUUAAACCUGGAGAAAGUAAACCGCAAAUAUUGCAGGACCAAAUUGAAUAUUUGCAAGUAAUAUUUGAACAAAACAACCUUACUCUGCAUCACUUGUUUACAUUAUACACCGAACACAGAAAGCUUCAAAUCGCAACUUUUAAAGCUUUACAGGAGCUGGGGGAAAGACGAGAUUAUGAAGUGUUUAUGAACCAGAUUACAAAAAGGGUUAUGAGUAAUCUUGUUACUUCGACAACGGUAGAACCUUCUAAAGAUAAUGGACAAAUGUAUAUAGAUAUUCCGCAUCUGCAGCCAAAUGAAUAUUUGAAAAGUCCAAAAACCGCAUCGUUUGUCAUCCCAACGACGUCCAAAAGGGUUCAGCAGAAAUUGAAACCCAAGGUAUCCCAGAAGUUGAGCACACAAAGCAAAAAUAAUUCAAAAACAAAUAUCCGAUAUUCUGCCAAAUCUAUUCCUAUUUUGCCUAUUCUGCCGAAGGGGUGGAAGAUGCCAAAAGAUUUCCUAUAUUAGCUAAUUUUGCAAGCUUGGAUGCAGAAAAGCUAUCAUUUUUUGCACAAUAAUGUGCUUAUUCCUUUUGUUUAUAAUAUAAUGUUACUGUUAUCUAAUUUAUGAUAUGUAUGGUGAAGGUACGUUAUUGGAAAUCUAAUAAAUCAAUUAAUUAUUAAUUUUAA